AUGACUGAUGCUCGGGUUGCCGGCGGCCACAAGGCUACUAUCAACAACCCCAAUACGUCCGACGAGGCCAAGGAGAACUCCCGCCAGGUUCUCGAGAACGAGUUCAGCGGCGGUGAUGUUGAAGGUGCUGGCGACAACAAGGAGAAGAAUCCUGGUAACGUUGCUGGCGGUCUCAAGGCUACCCUGAACAACCCCAAUGUCUCUGAUGAGGCCAAGACGAAUGCUCAGGAACGUUUGGAUAAGGAGGACUUUUAA